AACAGCUGUCGAGUGCAGUCCGGUGGACGCGUGUGUGUUGGAGUGAUGAUUGAUGUUAAUUGUCGCUCGUCAGCUCCGGAGUAAAAAAAAAUAAAAGAAAAAAACUCAUGAGUAGUUUGAGUGCUGGUGCUUGGUACUCGAUGUGCGAGACGUUUGUCGAGAUAAAUCGUUGGUACAGUUGUUGUCAAUGCGAUUGUUAUAUUGAUAAGGUGUUCAGCGUGAGUAUGAUCUGCACCGGACUGACAUCCACCGAUUUUUAUGAGAUUCUUGGGCCACUCCAGGUAUUUCAGGGAGGGACACAAUUGUCUCGUGAUUUAUGAUCUGUUGGGAAGUUUAAAAAAAUUGUCGACGGAUUUUGGGUUUAUACGUGGGACAGAGGCAUCAGGGUUUAGGUAUGCUGGAGAAGCCGAAAAUUGUACGAGCGUUUAGUCAUGAUAUAAUUUAUCGUGAAAGUAUUUGAAUAGAGUCAAGAUGGCUAUUGGAAGUGUAAUCUGCGGUGCGAACGUUCCAAAAGCAAAGAAAAAGAAGGCAAAGACUCAGGAGCGCAGCUGGAUCGAGGCAACAUUUCAGAAACGAGAGUGUACAAAAUUCAUACCCAGUGCCAAAGAUGAGCAUAGGCUUGAAGACAUACAAGGAGAUAAAAGUGCCGAAUACGACGUGAUCACCACCUCCAGGUGCUGCUGUGGUCACUCGUACACGCAUCAUUGUGGAACUGGGGCGGAUGUCCAGAAUUUUGCAACUGGAACUGCUGCCGAGGCCGAGCGAGAGCAGUGGUCACCUGGGAAAAACACCAAACCAGCACCAACUGAUGCAUAUGGUACUAUCGAAUUCCAGGGGGGACCACAUCCGACUAAAGCUCAAUACGUUCGGAUCGCCCACGACACUCGGCCCGAGCCAAUUGUUCAACUAUUGUGCCGUGAAUGGAAUCUGGGUUUACCUCGUUUACUGAUAACAGUUCACGGUGGUCGUUCUAAUUUCGAGCUCCAGCCGACAUUGAAAAAAGUAUUACGCAAGGGUUUGCUGAAGGCCGCCAAGACAACAGGAGCAUGGAUUUUCACCGGUGGAACGAAUACUGGUGUCACGCGUCAAGUUGGGGAUGCACUCCUGCUGGAGCGCUCCCAGCGACAGGGAAGAGUGGUAAGCAUUGGAAUAGCCCCCUGGGGAAUACUGGAGAAGAGUCAUGAACUUGUUGGUCGUGGUGGAGAGGUGCCUUAUGACUCCAUGGCCUCCCCCUGGUCAAAAUUUGCAGUGCUGAAUAAUCGUCACGCAUAUUUCCUCCUGAUCGACAAUGGUACAGGUGGUCGAUACGGUGCAGAGAUAGUCCUUCGUCGUAAACUCGAGAAAUAUAUCUCAAACCUGAACCUCCAGCCAUACACGCACAGUAGUAUCCCAGUGGUGGCAUUAGUUAUCGAGGGUGGAACAAAUACUAUUCGUUCGGUGCUCGAAUAUGUCACGGAUGAGCCACCUGUACCUGUUGUUGUCUGUGAUGGUUCUGGGCGUGCAGCAGACCUUAUCGCCUUCAUGCAUAAAUAUGCCACUGAGAGUGAUGAUACCAAGGGUGGAAGCACUGAUGGACCGUUGGAGAGCAUGAAAGAGCAUUUAUUAGAAACAAUUAAGCACACAUUCAAAGUAUCACCUGAGCAGGCAGCCCAGUUGUACUCUGAAUUGCUUCAGUGUACUCGUAAAAAACAUUUAAUAACUGUGUUCAGGAUAACUCAAGAUCGACCACAAGAGCUCGACCAAACGAUCUUGACAGCCCUCUUCAAAUCCCAGCAAUUAUCCCCAGCCGAACAACUGUCCUUAUCAUUAAUCUGGAAUCGUGUAGACAUAGCGAGAAGUGAAAUAUUCGUUUACGGUCAAAAAUGGCCACCAGGUGCUCUUGAUCAGGCAAUGAUGCAGGCACUGCAGCACGAUAGAAUAGAUUUCGUUAAAUUACUCCUAGAGAAUGGUGUAUCAAUGAGAAAAUUUUUAUCAAUACCCCGUUUGGAGGAGUUGUACAAUACUAAAGAAGGACCAUCGAAUACCCUGGGAUAUAUACUCCGCGAUGUGAGGCCACAUAUACCAAGGGGAUAUAUUUACACACUUCACGAUAUCGGUCUCGUGAUUAAUAAAUUAAUGGGUGGUGCUUACAGGCAUCAGUACACACGUCGUAAAUUUCGACUGAUAUAUGCUAAAGUUAUGAAACGCUCGGGUGGUCAUCUCCAGCAGCACAGAAAUAGUAUGGCAACUGGAAUUAAAUUUUACUCGGGCUCUGGUGAGAAGUCGCACGGUUUGACGAUGAGUCUUCUGGCUGAGACACUGCCAGCUAACAGAGAUACACCAUUAUUCGAUUAUCCGUUCAAUGAGCUACUCAUCUGGGCAGUUCUCACUAAGAGACAGCAAAUGGCACUUCUCAUGUGGCAGCAUGGAGAGGAGGCACUUGCCAAGGCUCUUGUUGCACUCAAAUUGUAUAAAGCUAUGGCCCAUGAGGCCGCUGAGGACGAUCUGGAGACUGAGGUCUACGAUGAACUCAAGGGAUAUGGCAAAGAGUUCGAGAAUAUCGCACUGGAGUUAUUGGACUACUGCUAUCGCCAGGAUGACGAUCAGACUCAGCAAUUAUUAACAUCGGAAUUGCAAAAUUGGUCGGGUCAGACAUGUCUGUCACUCGCUGUCACGGCAAAUCAUCGUCCAAUUCUCGCGCACCCAUGCAGUCAGAUUAUUCUCGCUGAUCUUUGGAUGGGUGGCUUGAGAACGAGAAAGAAUACGAAUCUCAAGGUGGUGUUGGGGCUUGUGUGUCCUUUUUACAUCAUGAAGCUGGACUUCAAGACGAGGGAGGAGCUACAGCUGAUGCCUCAGACGCAAGAGGAACACUUGAUUGCCCUCGAGGAUGAGAACGAGGACAGCGAAUCUGAACAUGGUACACCAGUUGGUCCAGAUGUCGAGAAACGUCUACGCAGGAACCUGAGCAUUUGCAACAAACCCACGAGCCAGCCAGCCCCUAAGGCUUUGAUAAGCAAUGAGCACAGUACGACAAUUGCCAAAGAGACUAUUGUUCAGGAAAAUGGAAAAGUACUUACGGACAACGACGACAAUCUUCAUCGUCCCUAUGGCCUUCUAUCGGAAUAUUAUGAUAAUAAAACAAAUCGACCAUUACGAUUAAAAAAAAAAUUGUAUGAAUUCUACACUUCGCCUAUCACUAAAUUUUGGGCCAAUGCUAUAGCAUAUAUGAUUUUCCUACUGCUCUUCUCCUACUGCAUCCUGGUGAGAAUGACUGAAUACCCGGGAUUAGCUGAGCUUUACGCAAUAGCUUACAUAUGUACCCUAGGCUGUGAAAAAGUUCGCGAGAUAGCGACAUCCGAGCCAGCAACAAUGUUCCACAAAUUCAGUGUGUGGUCGUGGAAUAUGUGGAAUCCCUGUGACGCUGCAGCAAUAAUAUUCUUUUUAAUAGGUUUAGCCUUAAGAGUAAGACAAUCGACCUUCGAUCUUGGACGAGUAAUGUACUGCGUGGACUGCAUCUACUGGUACUUGAGAAUCCUCAAUAUCCUGGGUGUUAAUAAAUACCUGGGGCCCCUCGUCACAAUGAUGGGAAAAAUGGUGAAGAACAUGAUCUACUUCGUUGUUCUACUGCUGGUGGUGUUAAUGAGCUUCGGAGUUUCUCGACAUGCGAUUCUCAAUCCGAAUUCCGAUCCCCAGUGGAUAAUAAUCCGCGACAUCUUCCUCCAGCCUUAUUUCAUGUUGUACGGUGAAGUUUAUGCAGACGAAAUAGCACCCGAUUGUGGUGACGAGCCCUCAAUGAGUCCAUGCCUUCCAGGUCGCUGGAUAACUCCAAUCGUUAUGUCAAUGUACCUCUUGGUGGCGAAUAUUCUUCUGAUAAAUCUCCUCAUCGCGGUUUUUAAUAACAUCUUCAUCGAGGUAAACGCAGUUGCCCACCAGGUGUGGAUGUUCCAACGUUUUACAGUUGUAAUGGAGUACGAGCAGAAACCAGUGCUGCCUCCUCCCUUCAUCGUCUUCUCUCACAUCUACCUCCUGGGUCGCUAUAUUUUUCGUUACCUAACUCAGGGUGAGAUGCGUUCUUUAGAGACAUACGAUAAUGGGCUGAAGCUCUUUCUGGAAGCCGACGACAUGGAACGACUGUACGACUUCGAGGAGGACUGCGUCGAGGGUUAUUUCACCGAGCAGCAGCUCAAGCUCCAGAUGUCCACCGAGGAACGAGUGAAACUCACAACCGAGAGGGUUGAGAAUAUGUCGCAGAAGUUGGAGGAUAUCGACAAGAAGGAGAACAGUCAGAUCGCCUCGACUCAGGCUGUGGAGUUUCGUAUUCGUAAACUGGAGGAGCUGAGUGAGCAGACACUUGCACACUUGGGGGUUAUCCACAGAUUCAUGGCUACUCACAUGCAGAAUGAGAAUCUCUCCAGUCUGGAUAUUGAAAUUCGUCCACGAAGAGUUUCAGAGAGAUCAGAGGUGAUUUCAGAGGCAGACUCUCAUCCCCACCUACCAGGGCUCUUUCCCAGGAGAAGAUUGUUGAGAUCAUUGACUGAUGCUCCAGUGCUACAUCAUCCCUCGGGUGAUGAUGAUACGAUUAAACAGUCUGAGACAACAUCUAGAGAGAAUCUCAGUAGGAAUGAGUCAUCUUCUAGUGGAGAUGUUCCUACCACUGGUCCAGAUGAGAAAAAAACAGCAACGACGAGUCAAGAGGAGAGUGGAGGGAGUAAGGAUAUUCCAGAGGGUGAUGUGAAGAAGCCAGAGGUGGAAAGGGAUACUAGCAGUGAUGUGCCAAUGUCUGACCUUCGUCAGGACUCGUCUGAGCGUCCAACCAGACAAACCAGUAGAUCAAGAUCUGAAUCUGACGAUGCCAUGCAUCUGGCACCCCCUGGAUUGCAGAAAGGGGUCAAGUGGGCUGACCCCAGGGUCGCAAUCAUCUCAGGAUCCACUGGAGGGCAUCCCAGAUCGACUCUACUAGCCAUGAGAAAUGAGUACACAAGUAUUACUGAUGAGCUCGAGGGCUACUGUGGCCUUCUGAGUCCUCCAAGGACACCUCCUGUCUCACCACCUCCCUCCAGGGCUAGACACGUCAUUGAUAUGUCUGAUCCUGAGAUUGCACUUGAGUUUGAGAAUGAACAUCUCAGGGAUGCUGAGGCAUGUGAUUAUCAGCAGAUGGAGGAUCUUAUUCAGAGGAGGUACAGGCGGGAGGACGAUGAUUCUGAUACUGAUGACGUUGUACAACCACCGUUUUAUGUUGCUAAUGAACAUCGGUUGAGGAGGUCCAUUGCUAUCGAUGAGGAGGGCAAGACUGUUCAUCAGCGUAGAAGGGUGGUACCACCCACCAUCAGUGUCACCAGGGAAAUUGAACAGACUUUGUCAAGGCCACCGGCUAUUAGGGACUCGGAUGCUUCUGAACCGAGUGAUAAGAAUAAUCCUGGACCUGCACCUGCUUCCGAAACUAUGUGCUAGGGCGGUUCAGGGAAUGUUGAAAUUCGUGGGAGACGUGGAACAAUGCUUUAUCGAAAAAUCCUUCUCUCGAGAAAUUCUCGCGAAUUUCUAGUGGAACUUCUCCCAUUUGAUUGUGGAAAUUCCAGAAAUUUUAAUUUUAUGUCAGGUUUUUAUGUAAUUUUUUUGGGUUGGAGUGGAGUGGAUGUGAUCAAUUCGAAAUCUAUCUGAUUUUAUCACUCCGCUACUUUCUCAAAACUCAAACAGCAUUUUUAUUUACGGUUCAUCCGCCUGCACUCAUCCAAAGUUGGCUGAAUUACUUAAGCAUUCAGCUGGGUUAAUUAAUUAUUUUUAUUGUACUUAUAUUAGCAAUUUGCGUGUGACAGUGAUUGUUUUUUAGGUAAUUGGCUAUUUUCAAUGUGAUUAUGAAAUCUUGUGUCCAUUUUCUAUUUCAAAUCUGAAAUUGUUGUUGAGAUGAUUUUUUUUUUGCAAUUUCACGAUAAUUAGAUGAAUUUUAUUACUCUAGUCUGCAUAACACGAAAUCAAUUUUUAUCACUGGUUUACUGAUACUUUUAGCCUUUUAUUGAGGUACCACAAUACUGUACAAAGAAAAAAUUCGUAGGAUAGAUCGAUGUAUCCGAAUAAUUGGCAAUUAAUAAUUGCUCAAGUCACGUACUGGCAUGAAAUUUCGACGCGUGACAAAUGAAAAUAAAGUAAUCUAUUUUUUAAUCGAAGGCAGUUUGUAAAUACGGAAUUCUAGUUUUUUUCGCUCACUGUGGUAUUUUCAUUUUUAUCUGCACAUUUAUAUUUCAACGAGAUAAUGCCAAUUUUGCUCAAAUGACGAUUCGCUUUGACUCAUCUCAUUUUAUCAAUUCGCUAUUGAAUAAAAUAUCGUUUACUCGCCCUUUAUCUCGAAUUAUUCUUAUCAAAAGUCUUCGAUAUUUCGGGCGAUUCGUGAGAGAAUAUCGUCAUGUGAUUUGCUUGGAUUUGUAGAAUGAUGAAAAGUUGGACGAGUAAAUGAAGUAGAUUAUAAUCAUGAAUAUUAAUUACUUAGUAAUGCCUCUGUUCAUUCGAAACUCUAGAGUGAGGCUGAAUCAAAACUGCAGAUUUAUUAUAUUUUUUAGAUAUUCUAAGUGUAACACAUGAGCCCUAUUUUUCAUCGAUGAAUUGUAUCAUGUAUUUCGGAAUGGUCAAUAAUUAUCAGACAUUCCACUGGCAUCCGAAUUUCUUCUGAAUGUAACUGACAGUUCUUUGAGCUUAAUGUUAUCAACAAAUUCCACUGAAAAAUAUUGGAAAUAACGCAAGUGAUCGAUCGAAUAUGUGAUAUCCACGUGGCGAGAAAAGUCGAACACAAAUAAUUAAAAAUCAUUUAGGAAAAAAUCUAUCAAUUCCAUACCGAAACCGUUAUUUGUAAAUCCUCGCGUAUAAACAAUAAAUAAUAAAUAAUCUCUGAGACUCGAUUAUGCUCCGUGAUUCCACGAAUUAUCCAGCAAAUUUCGACAACGAAAUAAUUACCGAAUGGAUUACUCCGAUAAUUUAUUUGCGAUAUAUCCGUCAAUUAAUUAAAACUCAGGGUCAAUGAAAGGAGAAAUUGAAUUGUUCCGUUGAUAAUGGAAUCCAUGUACUUUAAUUUAGUCAAAUUGGAUGUCCUCAGAGAAUUCGAUCGAUCGUUUGAGUGAAUAUUUCCAUGACCCUCACAAAGACUUAAAUUUCAUCCUGAGAUCCGAAGUUAUUGAAUCGAACAUGAAAACAAUAUAUUUUUCAUGCGAUACGUGUGCUGAAAUACUUAUUAUUUUUCAUGUAAAAAAUAAUGGAUUAAUCCGCUUGCAAGUGAAUGAAUUCACCCCCACGAAUAAAAAGUACAAAAAUCGGAGGUGAAUUGAAUAUCAGAAUUAACCCACCCAGCAGAGAAAGUAUUAGAAGCUGACAAAUUGUAAUGAAAAAUGAUACGUUACACUCGUUCCCUAAAUAUUUUAUUUUUCUUAAUACCAACGACAACUGUCUUAAGCGGUGAGUUAAUCUACCCGAUUGUAAAUCACAUAUCAAUUUCCCUGUCCGAUCUCACAAUAGGCCAUAAUUCUCUUCCAGAAGAAUCAAACAAUUUUAAUAUUCGAAAAAUCGUGUGUCCUACUGUGAGAUUGGACUCGUCGAUGAGAGAUAACAAGAGGGGAAUAGAAAUAACUGUAGUAUUAACGAUAGCCUCGGAAAGUUCUAGAUAAAGAAAUGUAAACAUCAA